GUAAGCAUUUCCGGGUUACAUCAUGAGUCACGACCCCAAAGUUCCCAUUUUCUUUUGGGAACGAUAUGUGUUUGUGUAAUGGAUCACGCUAAGUGUCAAAGUUAGAUUCACCUUUGUCGUAUAAACACUCUCGGCUUGAGCUCAUGUUUCUUCGGGCUACUGCUGGGCUUGUUCACCAGCGUCUGGCCUAUUUACGCUUCAUUCCUGCAGGCUACAGAACACUCGGAACCGCCGCUACGUACAUCCAAGGUCAGAGCACCGAACCAAGGACCCGAGAGUACUUCUACCACUUGGACCACCAAGGCCAGUUGUUCCUGGAUGACACCAAAGUGAAGAAUUUUAUCACCUGUUUCAAAGACAAACAGUUCCUCGUCUUCUUCUUCAGUCAUCUUCGUUUAAACCAGAGCGGACGUUACGAGAAGGAUUUCCCCUUCCUUUCUUUGUGUGGGAGAGAGAGGAACUUCCUGCGUUGCGAUGACCAACCGGUGGUCUUCACCCACCUCCUACGAGACUCCUCCGGCGACCAGGAGCAAGACUUGCUCUCGUUCUGCGGCGGCGCAGAAAAGCUGACUGUUUCCUUUCAUCCUGAGGCGCUCUACAUGCAUCCGGCCAGCGGCCGAGUUUACCACCCCUGCUCGGAGCGAACAGGCGGCAUCGGGCUGGUGAAGUCCGCCCUGGCUAUGGAGCUCAGCCCGUUUUUUAUCUACACUUCAGAGCAAGAUCAAUCAGGACCUCCCACACACUUCCUAUGGAGGAAAAAGCAGUACACGCUAACCAAUGAGCUCGCAGGGAGCUUUACCACUGAAGAGAAUGACAGCAAAAUGUGAUGGUGUGCAAAAAUCAUGGUAUAAAGGGGAUGGAAUGACACUAGCAACUGUUAGGAAUGCAAUUGCCAAUCAUCAAAGAAUAUUGAGCUUGGGAUGUAUCAUUUCAACCAUAUGAUCAUAAAGCUAAAAAUUGUCUUCAUAAGCUUAUUGAUUAAUUGGAUGUGCGCCAUUGGAGCCUGCAAUGAUAUGGAAAAUAUCAAAUGCUGUUUAUGCUGAAGUUUUACAUAACUUGGGAGCUACCAUUAAUUCUAGUGUUAACACUCAAGUACCAUCUGCUACAACACGAAUGUAUGAUAUCACUUGUUGCUUUAGUAUUUUAAUAAAAGAAAA